AUGUUUGACAUUUUUAAACGUCUACCCUUCAGUGCUGCUCAGGACCCGCCCACGUUGGAGUCCAGACUGAAGGACCUGGAGUGCCACUUCACCUGGGACCUGGAUUCCAGCCGUUCCAAACUGAUCCACAGCAGGUACAUGCUGGAAGACAUCGGCACCGAGGAGGGAAAUCUCUGGCUGGGUCAUAUUUACAACCUGCAGGGUUUCAUCUGGUAUCAGCUCGGUGAUAAAGAAAAGGCCCGGCGUUUCCUCAGAAAGGCCACCGAGGCCUUCCGACAGCUGAAGAACACGGAUGAAGGUCCCUGGUUGGUAGUGAACUUUGGGAAUCUGGCCUGGCUGCACCACCUUCUGGGAGAAGACGAACAGAGUCAGGAUUACCUGUCAAAGGUUGACGCUCUGCUGAGGGAACACCCGUCUCCAUCCCAGGACGAGCUCCACCCAGAGAUCUGUGCAGAGAAGGCCUGGACCCUGAUGAAGUUUGACAAAGACAAGCAGCAGCAGGCUGCAGAUUACUUCCAGAGGGCAGUGGAGAUGCAGCUGGACAUGGUGCACUGGAGGACCAGCCGUGUGAUUGGGAGGGUGAUCGCUCACAAGCACGACACUGACAUGGAUCAGGACAUCUGGAAGGAGAUGAGGGAGGCCAGGGAGCUGGAUCCAGAUAACACGAACCUCGCUGCCCUGGAGCUGCUCAUAAGAGCCAAGAGAGGAGACCAAGUCAAGGAGGAAGUUCGUGAGCUGGAGGAAAAGAUUUUACUGAAUCCUGUCAGCAGUUACAGCGGCAUCAAUCUCCUGCUUAAGGUGUACAGACAGCUGGGCGACAACGACCAGGCCAUCGAUUUGGCAGAGAGGGUCCUGAAGAAUCAUCCUGAUAAUCGAUACCUGAAAGUGUGCGCCGCACACUGCUACAGAUGGAGAAUCUUUUCUUUCAGACACAAUCGUCCAAACCCAUCUAGAAGCAUGGUGGAACGAGCCAUCAGCCUGCAUGAGCAGGCGAUCGCUCUUUACCCCGAUCGCUGUCCCCUCAGGAAGAAGCUCGACCUUGCAGACAUAUGUGCAAAAACAGGCAGGGAUCCACCGAGAGCAGAUCAGAUUUACCAGGAGCUGCUAACUCUGGACCUGGAACCUGCAGACAAGCAGCAGCUUUACAACCGCUACGCCAAUUACUUACACUUCAACCGGCGGGAGCCGAACAAGUCCAUCACCUACCACAUGAAGACAGCAGAGAUCCCUCUUAAGUCCUACUUCCGUUGGAAAAGCAUCAGAGAGCUGAAGAGGAUCGGCGAGCGAGGCAACAACUGGAGGUGUGGAGAAAUACGGAAGUUCCUGGAAACACUGCAGGAGGAGCAGCCUGAGUCUGCUGUAGCACCAGGACCAGCCAAGGGCCGGCUUUCUCCUUUCGUGACCGAAGGAGCGUCCGUUUUGCAGCGCUGCACGAGUGACCCCGAGGUUCCGAGCUCAGAAAGCCGAACCGGGGACCCUGCAUUGCCUCGACGUGAACGUCUUCGGACCGACCCGAAGCUGAAAGAAGCCAAGCUGCUUUGCCCAGCUGCUGUCCCCUCAUCCAGCUACUGUCGCCUCAUCCGCCGCACAGAUAACAGGAGGGAGUGA